CUGCGGGGCUUCGUGCUGGCGCCGCUCUUCGUGUACCUGUUCAUCGGCACGUCCUUCCUGCUGGCCGGCUUCGUGUCGCUCUUCCGCAUCCGCACCAUCAUGAAGCACGACGGCACGAAGACCGAGAAGCUGGAGAAGCUCAUGGUGCGCAUUGGCGUGUUCAGCGUGCUCUACACGGUGCCGGCCACCAUCGUCAUCGCCUGCUACUUCUACGAGCAGGCCUUCCGGGACCAGUGGGAGCGCAGCUGGGUGGCCCAGAGCUGCAAGAGCUAUGCCAUCCCCUGCCCUCACCUCCAGGGAGGUGGGGGCGCCCCUCCGCACCCACCCAUGAGCCCCGACUUCACGGUCUUCAUGAUCAAGUACCUUAUGACGCUGAUCGUGGGCAUCACGUCGGGCUUCUGGAUCUGGUCUGGCAAGACGCUCAACUCCUGGAGGAAGUUCUACACGAGACUCACCAACAGCAAGCAGGGGGAGACCACCGUCUGAGACCCCAACUCGGCCCAUUCCGGGUCUCACCCCUUCUCCCCCACCAAAUCCGGCCCCACUCGGAGUCCACGCCGUGUCUAGCAGCCCUAGGCUUCCUCUGUAGACCCUCACUUUCGCAGGCCCCUUCUACCAGCGCGGCCCGUGAGCUUCCGCCCUGCCGGGGGCGAAAGGACUGGAGGGCUCCACUGCCAGAGGGGUGUGGACCGGACCGCUGCUCUUGCCCUCACGUUCUGGUACCAGGACUGUACGCUUUUAUGAUUGUAAAUAGCCUGUGUAAGAUUUUUGUAAGUAUAUUUGUAUUUAAAGACUACCGAUCACGCGUUUUUCUUUUUCUUUUUCUUUUUUGUUUUUAAGAUUUUAAUUAUUUAGGGUGGUUUAACCAUUUGAGACUUUUCUCUCUUGCCCUUCUCGGAGGACUACAGAGAAGAUAAAACCGCAGCACCGCAUACUACCCCUGCUCUUCCUUGUGCGCCCUGCCCCGCCCUGUCUGCGGAGGUGCAGGGCCCCCAGCCCACCCCGCGGCGUGCCAUGGCUCUGCUGGGGUCCCUUCCCACCUCUCCGUCUGCCCUGCCCUUCCUUCCUUUCCUGGGACGGGGAAUCCUAAGGUACAGAGCUCCAUACUCCAAAUCCGGAGGUGGACCUUCACCCGUUCCAGGUCCUUCCUUGUUUAGGGGCGGGUUUGUUCAGGGGCGAGGGCCUGUCCCUUUGACUUCCCUAAGCUGAAUUUGGAGACCCUUCCCCCGACCUCAGAGGGGCCUUGCUUGCAUUCCCACCCUCCCCCACUCUCCUCCAAGGCUCAGACACUCCCUGGUCCACCUAAGCUGGCUAGAGGCAGAGAGGACUAACGAAUGCCAAACUUUUUUAAGUCUAAUUUUUGAUGGAUGAGCUCAUUUCAUUCUCUAGUGUCUAAAACCUGGUGUGGUUUGGCCCGCGUCAUGGAAAGAUAUGGUUACUGAAUGGGAAGAGGCCUGAAGCGUGGUGUGGGACGGGAGAGACUGCAGAGGGGUUAUAAAAUGUUAAUUCUAAUUGCAUACUGAUGCCUGGCAAUCUGCCUCGAAGAGGGAGACAGCCCGAGUUGAGAUUUUUUCCCCUUCUGGAAAUUGGAAACUAGAGGUCACCUGGGAAGCUUUGUGAAGGGAUUGAUCGCUGCUUUCCUUAGCAGGACAGCGGAACAUAAACAGGAUGAAAACUUGAAGGAGAUUUCAGUGUGAUGGGAGUCUUCAAAAUGAAGUGCUAUUUUCUUAUUUUUAAUCAAAUGAGAAUUAGACAUAUAUCAGAAACUUUACAGUGUAAAAGUUGUACACUUUCCACAUAUUAUUAUGAUUAUUAUUCAGCAACACAUCCUGCGGGAGGAACAACAAUCCCCACCACUAAUAAUAAGGUAGUAGGAUUUCAGGAGGCAGAGGAAAUAGAAUAAUCAAUGAGGUUAGUUCCUGAGUGAAGCAAGCAGAACAGCCGCCUGCAUGCUAAAGGGAAACCGUGCAGUCUAUUCCAUGAAACCCUGUGUACUCUUUUCUGGAUUUACAAAAAGUCUGUCAACUGUCAAUCUUCGAAGCCAUUUAAAAAUAUUCACUUUAGUUCUCUGUGAAAAGGAGAAGAACAGUGCUCCUGAUUGUAUUGUUUUAAACUUUUAAGAGUUUAUCAAAAUACCGGUACUUAGGAUCUAAAUUUAUCUAUAUCUGUCAUGCCCUCAAAUGGCAUUGGUCUUUGAAUUUGGUAUGCAUUUAUUCUGUUCACUAUCACAAGAUCAUCUAUAUUUAUAGAGGAAUAGAAGUUUAUAUAUAUAUAAAAUGCCAUAUUUUUAAUUUCGCAAAUAAAAAGUCAAAGUUUUGUACAAAAUUA